GUAUCCCGCCUCGCCAUUGGAAGAAAUGCUUCAAGAAACGUGUAUCGCAGCCUUUGGAGGUGCUAUUCUUCCAGGAGAUGUAUUAGCUGGCUUUCCACGCCCGGUGUAUCACAACGCAACAUCCUUGGAGAUUACAUUAUUGGUGAAAUAUGGCCCCAAAGACAGCGAAAAGGCAAAAGUGACAGCCUGGGUAAAAGCCUUCCAGCUGUUUAUGAAGGAUUAUGUGAACAACCCUUCGCACGCCAAUCUCACCAUCGCCUACUCCACCCCAUGUAUACCAGAAUUGUCUGCGGACUUCUUGUAUGUAUGAAACAUGCAAAAGUGAAGUUCAAACAGAAAAACCGUUGAGUGUACUCUGAAUCACUAUGUCUGAUCUGUAUACUAGGUUAGGUUACGUCAUAGCCUCGCUUUUAGACGGCCUCCUAUUUUCUGUUCGCCAUUUUGAACAUAAGAGAAAGUCAUGAUAUUCGAGCUAGCGUUUUUUAUUUUUUAUUUUUUUAUUUUUUCAUCUUUGUCUUCUCUCGGCUCUAGACAGCCCAUACCCCAACUCAUUUAUGCUUUCCCUGUAAGUGAAAAGAGUACUCGCUCUAAGAUAUAUCUAAACUUUUGAAGAAAACUAGUUAUUGCUAUGUAACUCAAUAAAUAUAUCAGUGCAUUUAACUUUU